AUGUCUUCUGCAGACGAAGACCACGCUGAACACGCCGGUCCAUCCGCUCCCAAACGACCGCGCCGCAACAACCAUGCAUGCGAGAUGUGUCGGAAGCGAAAGGCUCGCUGUGAUGGAAAACAGCCUGGCACGGACAAAUGCACCAAUUGCUCUAUCUAUAACCGAGAAUGCACGUUCACGGUCAUGAGCAGGAAAUAUCCUUCUGGCUACGUCGAGGCGCUGGAGACGAAGCUCAGGAAGUACGAAGGCUUGGUACAACGAAUACUCCCCGGACAGGACUUCACUCAAGAAGUUGGUUUCAAGUUGACCAUCGAUAACUGGAUGCUCCCUGGCGCCUGUGGUGCACCAGAACCACAGAAUCAAAGCAUGUUCCUCGCAGAGCCUGGCCCUCCCGGCGGAGUCGCCCCCGGUACAUCACUCUCUGUGAUGAGCGCAGGCAGUGCGCCUCCGACACCCAUGCCGGACGACGAACAUUCAUCCGACGAUGACACCCGCGCACGGGCGAUGAAGCUGCUAUCAUUGCGCAAGUUCAACGUCCCGCGGCCAUGCCUGUUACCCAGCUACCUCGGCAAGUCGUCGGCCACAGAGCUAUUUGUGAAAGCUUUUGAGAUGCGUAACCAAUUGGGGCAUGACUUGCCACGCAGAGAUAUGCCCCGUUCUCGGCCAUGGUGGCUCACAUUCUUCGGGACCGUGCAAGAGCUAGACCCCCUCCGCUUUCCCGAUCAGGACCUCAUGGACGAACUCAUAGAGCACUACUUCACCAACAUCAACAUCUUCACUCCCGUGCUCCAUCGACCAACGUUCGACGAAGACCUCCGGACAUUCCUCCACCUCCGCGAACGCAACUUCGGUUGCGUUGUGUUGCUAGUAUGUGCACUGGGAUCUCGCUUUUCAAGCGAUCCACGCGUCCUUGUGGAGGGAGACCAGACUUGGUACUCCGCCGGAUGGAAAUGGUUCAUACAGACUCGGAUCUUCGACGAUGCCAAUCUUCUGUCUACUACUUGGCACCUUCACGUGUUGCAAGCCGCAUGCCUGGCCACCGCGUAUGCCUCCGACGUCUCUUCGAUACACGCAUGGAUGCUCGUUGGCGCAGGCAUUCGGUUCGCUGUCGAUAUCGGUGCUCAUAAGCAACGCGCCUACGGCGCAAAACCCGCUCUGGAAGAUGAACUGUACAAGCGAUCCUUUUGGACGCUGGUCUACUUUGACAGAACACUGAGUGCCAACAUGGGUCGUCCUUGCAGUAUACAAGAAGAGGAUUUCGACCUUCAGAUGCCGCUUUGUUGCGAUGACGAUUACUUCACGGGUCACGAUGCGGCACCAGUCGGAGAACAACCUUCUGUCCUGAACUACUUCAUAUGGUCCCUCAAGCUCUCGCAGAUCCAGGGCCUUGCGCUACGCACUGUCUAUGCGAGCACGAAGACGCGAGUGCACUACGGCUUCCAAGGCGAAGAAUGGAUGGCACGGACCGUCGCCCACCUGGACUCACUUCUCAAUAACUGGACCGAUUCGUUACCGGACCAUCUACGCUGGGACUCCGCGCGCUCAGAUGAUGUAUUCUUUAGCCAAUCCGCACAUCUUCAGAUGCAAUACCGCAUGGUGCAGAUCAUGAUACACCGCCCUUUCAUCGCCGCUCGCGGAGUCAAGCCUCUUCCGGCGCUACCUCUCUUGAUGUGCUCGAAUGCCGCCCGCGCUAUGGCGCGUCUCGCCGAGGCAUUGCAGAAGCGAACACCCCAUCGCUUAGGUGGUAUGGAUCUCUUCAUGUGGACGUUGGGCACGGCUGCAAUGGUGCUUCUCAUCAGCAUUGGCAACGCCCGUCUUAGCAAUGUCAAGAUCGAUCGCAAGCGGACGAUGGCAGACAUCGAAGUGUUGUUCUCGAUUCUUCGCGAGAGAAAGGAACGUUGGCCGUCGGCCGUACGGCUUCUAGGACUGCUCGACUAUUUCAUGUUCUUGGGCGGAAACGCCGAAGAAGACCAGCCGGCACAGCGGAAGCGCCCACACGAUGCGGACUCCCACGUCGACUCGGAGCAAACGUCCAACGUCGCGUCGGGUUCCUUCGUCGUACCGCCGGUCAACGAUCCGCUCUCCGGCAUCGACUGGUCUGAGAUCGUAGGAAAUAACCAAACCAGAAGCUCCAUGGCAGGUAAUAUAGACUUUGCACUCGAUGAGCCAUUUCCGCAAGGAACGGGCGCCGUGUUCGGGAAUGUGGAUUUUGGCGCGCUGUUUGGGCUCGGAGAACCUGGCCUAGAGAAUGGAAGACCCUGGUCGCCUGCCCCGCCCGAGGAAUCUCUGGAUACACUUCUAGGGAGACCCGUGAGUGGCACGGGAGAGAGCAUGAACUUUGGAUUGGACACUUGGCCGCUCUCAGACUUCAACUCUGGAGCGGACGAAUGGCAGUGGAUGGCGCCGACUGAGCAGGGCGCCGCGGGACCUUCUGGAUUUGGAGGUGCAACUGAGCGCACUUCGCAUUCAUAG